UGACGUCAUGGUGAUGAGCUCGUUAUUAAGAGCUUCCGCAGCCUUCUAUUUAACUUUCGUUUUCGAGUUGAAAUGAAAGUAAGACGGACUGCUGCUGUUGAUCGAUUAGUUGAUCGCGUUAAACCUGAACUCGUCUGGCUCAGCCCGCGUUGAAAGCAGACCACUUCCUGUUCUGUCCUGUUCCGCGAAACCCCCCAGAGAUGUCCCGCCAUCAGGACAGUUCCCAGAUGAAACAGCUGCUUCAGCCCGAUGACAACACUGAAAGCUCCGCCACGGAAACACAUGAGCGUGAGAGAGACCACGACACCAGAGGCGGCUCCUCCUCGUCCUCGUCCUGUGCCGAUGCUGUGAGCCGUGGACAGACAGAGAGGGACGAGUCGCCGCGGACUCAAAGGGGGGACGGCACUUCCUCAUGUUGUCCCCUGGAAGAUCUGAAGCGACUUCCUGAGUGCACCAACAGGCUGGGACCCCUGACGUUCAGCAGGACACACACUGUCCUCAUAGACGUGGAUGCUUUCAGUCAUGGACCAGGACUUCUGCCCAUGGAAGGGAAAGACAAUUGGUCAAGUAAAUUUGUGAAAAUGCCAUGUUCACCGUCCAGUUUCAUGACUGUCCAGACCGGAAUUUUUAAGCAAGCCACCAAGAUGAGGAGGUGGGAAGUGAUCUCCAAGCACCUCAGCCGUUUGGCCAAGAAGGAAUCAGUGACCGUCGAUGAUGUGGAGGAAGCCAUCCUCAAAUAUAACCCCAAGUAUAAAGGCCAGUGGUCCUUCGACGCCCUGUCCACCUUCGUGAAGUGUAUCCCGAAAGCAGAAAAUUACUUCAGCACCCUGUUUCCGAAGAUCGCAGAGUUGGCCUUGAAGCUUCCUGAAUGUGUGAAGAAGGCCAUCCCGCUGCUUCAGAAUGGACAACCUGCCAUCAUCACUCUGUCACAAGCUCAGAUAGCUUGCCUUCUUGCCAACGCGUUUUUCUGCACUUUUCCCCACCGCAACACCACCGCUGCUAACGCCGAGUACGGAAACUGCCCCACCAUUAACUUCACCAGUCUGUUUCAAAACUGGUCAGACCGGAAGAAAGAGAAGCUGAGGGCCAUCAUGCAUUACUUCAAAGUGGCCACAGAUGAGAUCGCUAAACUAAACGGACUGGUGACGUUUGAGAGGCGUUGCCUCAGAGACACGGACGCGUCCAACUGGAGAAGCUGUGAGGAGACGUUGAACAAACUGCACGUCACGUCACACGGCGCCAUCGAGACCGAAGGUAUAGGCCUGCUGCAGGUGGACUUUGCCUCCAGCCGGAUAGGUGGAGGUGUCCUGGGAAACGGUCUGGUGCAGGAGGAGAUCCUGUUCCUGAUAAAUCCAGAGCUGAUCGUUGCCCGCCUCUUCACGGAGAAACUCAAGGAUGACGAGUGUCUCAUCAUUACAGGCUCUCAGCAGUUCAGCUGUUACUCUGGGUUCAGAGACAACUUUGAGUGGGCGGGCCCUCAUGAAGACCACCUCCAAAGAGACGAGUGGGCUCGGAGGCAGCGGCAGAUCUUAGCCAUCGACGCUCUGCACUUCAAACACAGGAGGGAGCAGUACAACGUGAGGAAGGUGACACGGGAGCUCAACAAGGCGUACUGUGGAUUUAAGGGUCACGGAAACAACGAGCCAGACAUCGCCACGGGCAAGUGGGGCUGUGGAGCUUUCAAUGGAGACCCACAGCUCAAAGCUGUGAUCCAGCUGAUGGCAGCAGCAAAGGCCAAGAGGGGGUUGGCCUUCUUCACCUUCAAGGAUGAGCACCUGAAGCAAGGCCUGCAGCAGAUACACCACCUGCUGGUCACAGGGGGGACCACCGUCGGUAAACUUUAUGAACUUCUGGAGGACUUCUGCCAGGUUCAGCACACGUCCAGCGGUUCACAUGGAGAUCUGUUUGAGUUCAUCAGGAACCGCAUCAGAAGUUCCAGGAGUCAGUUGUGAAGACGCGUCAUGUCCACAUGUGCAGCGAAGUUUGCACUAAAACGGCGCAGAAAUGUUUUUAUUACAGAAAUGAAGAAGCACCUUUAUUUUUAUCAAAUAUUCAGAUUUUUUUUCUGCAUUUUUAGCUUCAUUAAGUUGUUAACGGUGUAGUGAAGAGAAUCAGAGCAGGUCACAUGGUACGUAGGGAGGGUCAGGGCAAACCGUGAUACUGGACAACAUAAAUAAAACUGACAUAAGUCGUACGGUUUCUGUUUGUGCUCUGACAUUUCACAAAAUAUCUGAAAGGUUAAAGCAGCUUGUAAAUCCUGAUAGACUCCGCUGCAUUGGUAUGUCAUGUUUGUGCGAAUGAAAGAUUGUUGUGACUCAAAUAAAGGACUAAUGAAACUGUAA